CACAGAGAAAAGCCAGAGGAGAAGCAUCGUAGAUCUCAGACAGACAGACACCAGAGCUGAGAGCUGACAGUCACUGUACAGUGUUCUCUGAGACACAACUACGAGUGGCAGACAUAUGACAGACAGUGGAGACAAAGAUAAGAGAUAGAAGAAGCAGACACAUGACAGCUGAGACACUUGACUCAACAGGCAGACACUGAAGCAGAGCCAAACAUGGCCAAACUCACAGCAGAAGAUUUACCCCGGCUGUUCCCGAGGAUUUCUAUGAGCGAGGUGGAUGAGAAGGUGCGACUGCUAGCAGAGAAGGUGUUCGCCUCUGCCCUGAAAGAGGAAGACAACAAGGAUGCUCUGGCACUGUUCACCGUGCCCGAGGACUGUCCCAUCGGCCUGCAUGAGGACAGAGAGAGGGAGCUGCAGAAGGAGCUGGCUGAGGAGCAGUCUCAGGAGUCUGCUAAGAAGAAGAAGAGUUUCAUGUUGAAGCGUUCGCAUUCGGUGUCUCUGCAGAUACCUGGCGGUAAUGAGUGGGCCUUGCCUUCCCCGUUGCUCGCCCCGUCCACACCAGAACCAUGUCUGCCAGGGGACUUCCCAGACUUCCAGAGAGUAACCAUCAGUGGAGAUUACUGUGCCGGGAUCACAGUUGAGGAUUAUGAGCAGGCAGCCCAAAGCCUCCUCGGGGCGCUCUUCAUCAGAGAGAAAUACUCCAGACUGGCCUACCAUCACUUCCCCAGGACCACUGCCCAAUUCCUCUGCAACGCCAGAAAUGAGGAGUGGCGGGAAGAAGAUGAGGUCAUGCCAGACACCUGGCCUUUCCCUCAUGAAGGGGAGGACCCGUACUCCAUGGAGGGCAUCCCUGAGGACCUGAACUACGAGCUGCAGAUGAAGGACGGCAUCAUUCAUGUUUACGACGACGCAGAGGCCCUGAAACAACAGCGGCCUCACAGCCUCCCUUACCCCGACAUUGAGACCUUCGCCAUCGACCUGAGCCACGUUCUCGCAAUGAUCGCUGACGGCCCAACGAAAACCUACUGUCACAGACGGCUCAACUUCUUGGCCUCUAAAUUCUACCUCCAUGAAAUGCUGAAUGAAAUGGCCGAGCUCAAAGAGCUGAAAUGUGUUCCUCACAGAGACUUCUACAACGUCAGAAAGGUGGACACACACAUACACGCUGCUGCUUGCAUGAACCAGAAGCAUCUGCUGAAGUUUAUAAAGACCACCUACCAGACGGAGGCAGAUCGCGUGGUCCUGGAGAAGGGUGGCCAGAAGCUCACACUCAAAGAGGUCUUCAACAAACUCAACAUGGACCCCUACGACCUCACCGUGGACUCUCUGGACGUGCACGCUGGAAGACAAACAUUUCACCGCUUUGACAAGUUCAACUCCAAAUACAACCCUGUGGGCGCCAGCGAGCUGCGAGAGAUCUACUUGAAAACAGACAACGACAUCAAAGGAGAAUACUUUGCACGUCUCAUCAAGGAAGUUGCCAAAGAGCUGGAGGAGAGUAAGUACCAGCAUGCUGAGCCCCGUCUGUCCAUUUACGGCCGCUCUGCCAGCGAGUGGGAGAGCUUAGCAAACUGGUUCAUCCAGCAUAAGGUCCAUUCACCCAACAUGAGAUGGAUGAUCCAAAUCCCCAGGAUCUAUGACAUUUUUAGGUCAAAGAAAUUAGUACCACACUACGCCAAGAUGUUGGAGAACAUUUUCCUCCCCCUCUUUGAGGCUACAGUCAACCCACAGAAGCACAAAGCCACACAUGUGUUACUGAAAUACGUGACCGGAUUUGACAGCGUGGAUGACGAGUCCAAACACAGCGACCACAUGUUCUCCUACAAAAGCCCAAAGCCUGAGGCGUGGACCACAGACAACAACCCUCCCUACACCUACUACCUGUUCUACAUGUAUGCCAACAUCAUGGUGCUCAACAACCUUCGCAAGGAGAGAGGUCUGAACACCUUCCAGUUUCGUCCCCACUGUGGCGAGGCCGGCUCCAUCACACACCUGGUCACUGCCUUCCUCACAGCUGACAACAUCUCUCAUGGACUCAACCUCAAGAAGAGUCCGGUGUUGCAGUACCUGUACUACCUGGCCCAGGUCCCCAUCGCCAUGUCCCCCCUGAGCAACAACAGCCUGUUCCUGCAGUACUCCAAGAACCCGCUCAGAGAGUUCCUCCAGAAAGGCCUGCGAGUGUCUCUGUCCACUGACGACCCCAUGCAGUUCCACUACACCAAGGAGGCCUUGAUGGAGGAGUAUGCCAUCGCAGCCCAGCUGUGGAAGCUGAGCACCUGUGAUCUGUGUGAGAUCGCCAGAAACAGUGUGUUACAGAGCGGACUCUCUCAUCAGGAGAAGAAACACUUCAUUGGCUCCAACUACCUACAGGACGGACCGGAGGGCAACGACAUCCGGCGAACAAACGUGGCACAGAUCCGCAUGGCCUACCGCUACGAGACGCUGUGCAAUGAGCUCAGUUUUCUGGUGGACGCCGUGAAGACGGAUGUUGGCACUAACCCACCUGAGUGAUUUGCCACAGCAGCACACACUGUGCCUGAAUAUGUCCUCAGGGAUAAACAGGUUACAUGGCACAUACUGUUUUUUUUUUUAACGUAUUCUUAUAAAACAUUGUGAUAGAUUUUUUUAAAAAAGGAUUUCUGAGUAUUUUAUGUUGACCUUCUUGAUUUUUAGAACUUAUCUGAUGCUGUUUCUAUGAACUCUGGUGAUCACUGUGUGCCUCAUGUUAAUGUCAAAGAGGUUUAUUUUCCUCUGACGGGUGGAAAGUGCACUUGUACAUUUGGACAUAUAGAAGAGCAUGAGCCACAAAAUCAUAUUUACAAUGGACACAUAGAUGUUUUUUGUUUGUUUAUUUUUUGUUUUGUUUUUUACUGAAAAGGGGUUCUUAGAUUUGCAAAGUUGUCACUGCUUGGUGGACGUUUUCUGUCACGUGUAUUUAUGCAUGUUACACAGGCCUUUAUCAGAACUAUAGGUCUGAGAUGAAACAUAGAAAAAAAAGAAAAUAAUCCUUUUUGAUGACUGAUUCAACUGCAUGAUUUUGUCAGAAGUAAAUUAGAGGCUAGGAAAAUAUUCAAAGACAGUAGGAAGUGUCGAUGAGCACUAUAACAAGUGCUGUGAGAGACAAUACUGUUGUACCACCAACUGUGAAAAGACUAACUGAUAAUAAUUAUUUUUUAUGUUUGUCAUUUUUCAUAUGUAAAUAAAGGCUGCAGAACAGUC